UCUUCUGGUACUGUUUGUUGAGUUAUCAAUGCAUCCAAAAAUUCAUAAAGGUACUGUAUAGAAAACAAUAAUAAAAAUAAUAUAUGAUAGGUGUAAAAAUAUUUUCAUCACAUGAUACAGCCCUGAAAUUAUCUGUCAUUAUUAUUAUUAUUAUUAUUAAAUAUUUAUAACCUCUUUGAAUGUUGAAUUGUUGAUUGACUUUUGUAAAAUGAAUUGUUAAUGUUGUAGAAAAUAAAUAAUAAAUAAUAAAUAAACAAACAUGACAAGUUGUAAAUUGAAUGAAAUUUUUUUGGGAGAAGUAUCAUCAGUACAAAAUUAUGGAGCAUUUGUUAAAAUACCUGGAUGUCGACAACAAGGACUUAUACAUAAAUCACAAGUAAGUUCAGCUCGUGUUGAUGAUGUUUGUGAGAUACUUCAACGUGGUGAAAGAGUCUGGUGUAAAAUUGUUAAUAUUGAUGAUGAUGGUAAAAUUGGUUUAUCAAUGAAACUUGUUAAUCAGGGUAAUGGAAUUGAUUUAGAUCCAAAUGGUGUUGAAUGGCACAGAAAUGAACAAAAAAAAAAAAGUAAAACAUUUGGUGAUAAACAAGAAAGAAAAGUUAUUGAACUUCAGGCAGUAUUAAAUACAACAUGUACACAGUGUGGAACAAAAGGACAUUUGUCAAAAGAUUGUUUUGUAACACCAGAUGGUAAAAAAUAUGAGUUACUUUCGGAUAUUGAAGAUGAUAAUGACAAUGAUAAUAUUUCAACAGUACCAAAAAUUAGUGAUGAAAAAAAAAAAAAAAUACAUGAAAAAUCAUCAAAAUCUAAAAAAAAAUUAAAAAAACAUAAAAAAUCUAAAAAAUCUAAAAAGUCUAAACAUCAAACUGAUGAAAGUAGUUCUGAUGAUGAUGAUGAUGAUGAUGAUUCUUUUAGUGAUCAACAAAACAAGAAUAAUAAUAAAAAAAAAAAGAAAAAAAAACAUUCAAAAGAAGUUAAAAAAAGAAAAAGAAAAUAUGAAAGUGAAAGUUCUUCCAGUGAUUCUGCUGCUGCUGCUGCUGAUAAUAAUAAUAUUGUUAAAGAAAAACAUUCAAAAAAAUGUAAACAUUCAAGAUCAAAAUAUUCCGAUUAAAUUAAAUUAAAUUUAAAAUAAAUAAAAAACUUACCGGAGUUAAAUAUUUAUAUGUAAGAUCAACAUUAUCAGCAAGUACAUCUGCUGCUAAAUCAUAAUACUGAUAUUUGCAAUAAAGUAACAAGAGAUUUGCAAAUGUUUCUGGUGGAAAUGGUUCAUUUUGCAAUAAAAAUUGUAAUUUUUCAAAUCCUUCACUUGGCUUGGUAUCCAUAUUGAUGAGUGCCUGAUUAUGUAGAGUAACUGCAUCAAGUUCUUCUUCUGAUCUUGGUGGCAUAUCAGUUAAUGCCUCUCUAGCUGCAUCAUCUUGUAUUUUUUAAUAAUAAUAAAAUUAAUAAUUAAUAAUUAGUGUGUUGAUAAAUAAUAAUAAUAAUUUACAAUUUUGCAUUUGAUAUUCAAUAGCUGCUUUGAGAUUAAAUGCUUCAGUCAAUGCAGUUUCAUGAAGUAUAAGAGUAUUUCCAACACUUCUAACUUCAAUUCCUUCAGUUGUCAUGCCAACACUUAGUUCUGGAUGUUGUCUUAUUCCUUGUUCAAUAAUAUCAGCUAAAUAACAACAUAAACAACAAUUAUACUUAUUAUGAUAAUUAAAUAAUUUAAUUUAAUUUAAUUUAAUUUUACCAAUGUAUUUUAAUGAUGCAGCAUAUUCUUUUAAUUUAUAAUAACACAAAGCAACAUUGUAUGAUAAAUGUGGUUUAAAGCCAGCAAUUUGUGAUGCAGCUAUAAAUUUUUUUAAUGAUUUUUCAUAUUCUCCUUCUUUAUAAAGUAAACAUCCAAUAUUAAUAUCUGUAUCAACAUCAUCAGGAGAACAUUGUUCCAUAAUAUUUUUAACUGCUGGUAUAUCAUCUUGACUGUAUUUUAUUGCUGCUUGUAAUUUUUUAACUUUUGCCUCAUAAUCUGGAUUAUUUAAAGCACUUGAGCAUGAUACUGUCCAUGCUUCUUGAUACAUACAUGCCUGAUGAAGACACUGAGCAUAACAAAGCUUGUAAAUACUUUCCUCUGGAUAUAAAUGAAUUAAUUUUUCAUAACAAUCAACUGCUGAAGUAAAAUCUUGUGUAUAAAAAUAACAGUGAGCCAGCAAUGACAAACAUGAUCGUGACUAAAUUAAUAAAUAAAUAUUGAUAUUUUAAAACAUAAUCUCUCAUCUUUAUAUUUAUCUACUUGGAUCUACUUGAAUCUACUUACUUCUGGAUGUGAUAAUAAAACAUCAUUUAAAAUAUAAAUUGUGUCUGUAUAUCGUUGUUCUUUUAUCAUUGAAUAUAUUAUUUUAGUAUAUUCUCCAUCUCGAAUAUGCACAUUUUUUAUAAAAUUUGUCAUUAUUAAUAAUCAGAAUGUCUGUUGUUGUUGUUGUUGUUCUUGAUGAUUGUCAUAAUUAAAUAACACGUGUUUGUUGAGAGAGCUAUUGCCAUGGUAACCAUAAUAAAAAAAAAAAAAAAAAAAAAAA